AAAUUUAAAUGUUUGUGUAUAUGUGUAACUCUAAUGUUUUGAGUUGUAUUAUAAGUGUGUUAUGCAUUCGAGUUAGUUCUAUUAGUUUCCUAUAAUUUCGUUACAAUACUACUGUAUCUCUCUGUCCUCUUCUCUUCUUUGCUUUCAUUUUUUUUUCAGAUUCAGUUCCAUCAUCACAACAAAGAACCCUAAAUCAAUUUCACAUUACGUUUCAUCACCAAGAAAAAAAAACGGAAAAAAAUCAUUUAUUACGUCUUCUACAUUUCUUGAUUUUUUUUUGGUGUACAAAAAUGGAAGAGAUGAAAAAGACGCAAUAAGCUAUCUUCAGCCUAAACUUUCUGGAAAUUUUCGUCAUUAGUAACCUGAAAUUAUCUUAACUUGUAUAUAAGCAAGACUAUAAAUAUUAGCAAAGAUGGAGGAGAUGUCACCUGAUAAUAUACAUGGAGUCAUUUUAGCUGUGUCUUCGAGUAUAUUCAUCGGUUCUAGCUUCAUCAUCAAGAAAAAAGGUCUUAAGAAGGCCGGUGUUAGCGGCGCCAGAGCAGGUGAAGGAGGAUAUGGAUACUUAUAUGAACCUUGGUGGUGGGCUGGAAUGAUAACAAUGAUUGUUGGGGAGAUAGCCAAUUUUGCAGCAUAUGCAUUUGCACCGGCUAUUCUAGUAACACCUUUGGGAGCUUUAAGUAUUAUUUUCAGCGCAGUGCUAGCACAUUUUAUUUUGGAAGAGAAGUUGCAUAUGUUUGGUAUACUUGGUUGUGUCCUCUGUGUUGUUGGAUCUACAACGAUUGUUUUACAUGCUCCUCACGAGCAAGGCAUUGAAUCCGUCAAGCAAGUAUGGCACCUUGCUACCGAACCAGGUUUCCUUGCAUAUUCUGCUGUGGUCUUGGUUGUGGUGCUUGCAUUGAUCUUUUACUAUGAGCCGCGUUAUGGGAAGACGCAUAUGAUAGUAUAUGUUGGGAUUUGCUCUCUAAUGGGCUCUCUUACAGUUAUGAGUGUUAAAGCUGUGGCGAUCGCCAUAAAGCUGACUUUUUCCGGGAUGAACCAAUUCAAGUACUUCCACGCAUGGAUCUUCAUCAUAGUAGUGACCAUAUGUUGCAUUUUGCAAAUCAACUACUUGAACAAGGCUCUGGAUAAUUUCAACACAGCAGUCAUAUCUCCAGUGUACUAUGUUAUGUUUACAACAUUCACCAUCUUAGCUAGUAUGAUCAUGUUCAAGGUAAAAUGCAGUUUUUGAGAAGUGAUCAUAAACUAAAAGGUUCCAAUUAAUUUAUAAGCAUAGCAUCAUUAUUUGUUUAUCGUCUAGGAUUGGGCUUCUCAAAGUGGAUUGCAAAUUGCUACCGAGCUAUGUGGCUUUGUGACCAUUUUGUCAGGAACUUUUCUUCUCCACAAGACAAAAGACAUGGGAAACAGUACCAGCUUACGCGGCUCCACAUCACACUCGCCUAGAGACACUCCUGUCUUCAUAAACUCAGGUUCCAGUCGCAGCUCCAAUUCCACUAGACCUGCAAUACUAUAAUCCCACGGCUCCGAUAGUAGAUCAUCUAACGGUCAAGAUCGAGGCAACACGAGCUCAAAAGCCUCAAAGAGAACUUUUUUUGGGUGACAAAUGAGAAAAAAAACAGAGCAAAUGGGGUUUAAUUAAGGCUAUAAUUGGUUUUUUGGAUAACGGAAGGUUUAGUGAAUGAUUUGUUAGGGAUACUAUUUGAUUGAUUGCUUCAUGUUUAUUUGUUUCUAAUAUUUUUUGUUUGUUUCUCAUAUGAGAUAUAAAGAAAGUUUUAAAACAGAGAACUAACUAAAGAUCACAGCUUCACAAUUUUUCUUCACAUUCUUUUGGUCUUUCUUAUUUCGUG